GAUUAAUGUUUCCUUCAAUAUCCUUUAAAGAUAAUAAAAACUGAAAUUUCACACUCUCUCUCACAAGCACUGACACUGUGUUUCUCCAGACAUCCACCCCCUUUAAACUCAAUAUGAAUAUAAACUAGAGAAUAAACAUCCAAUAUAUACUCCAUCAAGAAUCCUUUUUUUUUUUCCCCCAAAGCCAAGCUCAAUGUUUAAGGCAACAAUUUCAAGCAUCAUAGCUCUAGCCACUUCAAUUUCUUUCAUCUUUUUCUCAACCCCACAAAAAUCUUUCUACCACACCUUGUUUAUAUCUGAUUCCCUGUCAGACAAUGCAUCAAUAUCAGUUCACCUGUACAUGCUUACUCGCCGGCCCCACGUCGCCGGCACAGAAGCCAACGCUGAAGCAGCCGACUAUGUUCUGUCCACUUUCACUUCCUACAACAUUCGAUCACACAUAGCAUCUUAUUAUACUGCCUUGACUUAUCCGGUAUCUCGAUCUUUGACACUAAUACGGGUUCCUCCGGAACCACCUAUCGAAUUUACUCUCCGCCAGGAGAUUUAUGAUGGAGAUCCAUAUGCAGAUGUAGCAAAUGAAGUCUUGCCAACAUUCCAUGCAUAUGCUAAAUCAGGCACUGUAUCUGGUCCCAUGGUGUAUGUAAAUUACGGACGGGUAGAAGACUAUAUAAUAUUGAAGGAAAUGGGAGUCAAUGUUUCAGGUACCCUUGCUUUGGCAAGGUAUGGAAAGAUAUUCAGAGGGAAUAUAGUUGAGAACGCUUAUGCAGCAGGUGCCAUAGGAGUGCUAAUUUUCACAGAUAAGAAGGAUUAUGGUGGUGGAGGAGAUUCAGAAUGGUUUCCUAAUAAGAAGUGGAUGCCCCCCAGUGGCGUUCAGGUGGGUUCAGUUUAUAAAGAUGCGGGUGAUCCUACCACACCAGGGUGGCCUAGCACUGAAGAAUGUGAGAGAGUUUCAGAUGAUGAAAUAGAGAAGGGAGGUCAUGUUCCCCUAAUACCUUCAUUGCCCAUUUCUUGGGCUGAUGGCUAUGAAAUUAUUAGGUCCCUAGGUGGACAAGUGGCAAAUGAUGAUUGGCAAGGAGGAAAAGAUGCCCCUGUUUACAGGGUUGGACCAGGACCAGGAAUUGUGAACUUGAGUUACACAGGAAAACAAGUCAUAAGCACAAUCCAGAAUGUUAUUGGCAUCAUUGAAGGAGCAGAAGAACCUGAUAGAUAUGUCAUUUUGGGUAAUCAUCGAGAUGCAUGGACAUUUGGAGCUGUUGAUCCCAACAGUGGCACAGCAACCCUGCUUGAGGUUGCACAAAGGCUGUGGAAGCUGCAGAAAAAAGGGUGGAAACCUAGACGUACAAUUGUAUUCUGCAAUUGGGAUGCUGAGGAGUAUGGGCUGGUCUCUCUCAAUCUAUCCUGUGUUAACCUUGACAUGACGUUUUUUUAUUUAUUUUUGGAAAUAAAAAGAAGGGGAGACAAGCAGACCAUUUAUAUUUAUAUCUUUAAUAUAAUAAUGGAUUUGUUUACCACUAAGAUUGGGAGGCUAGGAGGGGGAGGAUCGGAUUAUGCAGCCUUUGUGCAACAUAUAGGCAUUCCAGCGGCUGACAUAUCCUUUGGAGGAGGUUACCCAGUCUACCAUUCAAUGUAUGAUGACUUCGUAUGGAUGAAGAAAUUUGGUGAUCCACUAUUCCAUAGGCACGUAGCAGUGGCAAGUAUUUGGGGUACAGUAGCACUUCAGCUAGCAGAUCAAGAAAUUUUGCCUUUUAACUAUGUCUCCUAUGCUGAUGAGCUUCAGAAAAGUGUAGAAGACUUGAAAGGUGAACUGCUGAACAAGUGGAUAACACUUGCUCCCUUGCUCAAGUCUAUUAACGAACUCAAAGAAGCAGCCAUUAAGAUAGGUGAUGAGAGAAAGGCACUAGAAAGUAGCAAAGGUUGGGCUUCAAUAUGGAAAAAUGACAGUCAGAAAGUGAGAGAGUUGAACGACAGGCUCAUGAUGGCAGAGCGAGCAUUUACAGACAGAGAAGGACUUUCUGGAAGGUCAUGGUAUAAGCACUUGAUCUAUGCACCGGCAAAGCACAAUGAUUAUGGUUCUAAGCCCUUCCCUGGGAUAGAUGACGCAAUUGAAAUGGCGAAGAGCAUAGAUACUGCAGAUUCAUGGCAUUCUGUACAACAUGAAAUUUGGAGAGUCUCUAGGGCCAUUACACAAGCUUCACUAUUUCUGAAGGGUGAAUUAACAUGAAAAUGACAGCAUUAUACCUUCUGCAAAGCUUGUACUUUUCCUGAUAAACACUUAAAAAAAAAAAAAAAAAAAACUAAAGUUCUCCCAUGGUUUCAUGAAGUUUAUAGAGUUCUCCAGAAAUUUAAUAUCUUUCUGACUGAGAUCAUUAACAGUUCCUUCAUAUUUAAACUAAAGCAAAAUGUUAAUAAACUGCAGGGAUGUCACAUGUAGGACUUAAGCCUUAGUUAUAGUGCUGAUAAAGAUAAUCAAAUACAUAUAACUUCAUCAUAUUCAAUGAGAUGUAAAAAAUUCAUCUUUAUAUCAUAUGUAUUAUGUUCUAGUAA